AUGGAUUCACGUAUUUUGCAUUUUCUCAUAGUUACGCCGCUCGAUUUCGUGUCCCGUCCUUGUGAUGCGUUCCGCUAUUUCGGAUCUUUCAGUGUCCAUGUUUCUGCACAGUCUUUGAUGUUCCUUGAUUCGCAGGCCGAUUUAUCUUUCUCUUUCAUAAAUCUACUUAUGCUCACAGUUGUCGCAAACCAGUUUGUCAACCAUCCCGUAUUGCAUCGGCACGACUAUACUGUCGGAUGGAUAAGUCGUGUUAACUCCUCCCUCCGUAUUCGUUCUGCCUCCAAGAUGUCCUCUUCUCUCUCCAAUAUCUCCAGCAAAGCGCUUAACGCCUUGUCAUCUGAGAUGUUUGUUCCGACCCCACCGGCCCAAUGA